ACACUUUUUGCGAUAUGCUUAGUACGAAACAUCCAGGGACUGAUUGCAGUCCAAAAAUCAAUUUGCACGUAAAACCGAAACCCAUUUCAGAUGGCAACAGAUCCGGAUAAAGACUACAUUACACUUCUACUCAGCGAUGGAGUUAGUACACCGGUAGAAAAAGUUACCGAUUCAUGCAAGCUGCAUCUACCGGAUUGGUUCGAUGAGGCAAAAUUCAAACGUGCCCAACAAUUCUACCGCCGGAAUGUGUAUGCCAUAGUGAUAGCCGUACUGUACGGGGCGGUUGCCGUGAUGGCACUGCCGUCGGUUCUAAACGUGUUGAUGUUCACCAAGCGAUCGUCGAGUGUUCUCACGGCGUACCGGCGUUACAUGGCUACGAUUUUGUAUUUUGUAGGCUGGUACACGGAGGAUCUGAAACCGGGAACGAGAGUCUGGAAAUCAAUUGAAAGUGUGAGAAGAGCUCAUUCGAGUACUAGUAAGCGAACGAACUUGAAGAUACCUGGUAUGACGAUCUCUCAGCGCGAUAUGGUGGUGGUGCAGUACUCCUUUGUAGGCUACUGUGCACUAAGCCCACGAAUGCUGGGACUCCAAUACAGCACCGCAGACAUGGAAGCAUUCAUCCAUUUCUGGCGUGUCAUCGGAUACAUGUUGGGAAUAGAAGAUAGGUUCAACUGCUGCACUGCUGACCCCUCGUCAUCUCGAAUCCGGAUGCAGCAAAUCCAAGACCAAUUGUUCUUGCCGGCACUCAGCAAGGUUGGGGAAGAUUUUCACCGGAUGUCCAAAUACAUGCUCGAUGGCAUGUGGUAUUUCAACGUGUUCCUCAACCCAGAUGCGAUACUGUACAUGACCUAUCGGUUGAAUGGAGUGCCCGGAUAUGGUUAUCCUGACAAACUGCUGGGACGAUCACAGUGCGCAGCAUAUGAAAAGCUUAGUUGGUACAGUCGGGCGAUUCUUUGGAUACUGGUAAAGACACAUGAUGUUAACUUGAGCAUUGCUCCACUUCGGUGGUUUCAUAAUGCCCUGGUUUCCAUUUCGGUGAAUAUUGGAAUUCCAUAUUUUCCACUGCCAGCAAUUGUCCGAUUUGGCUACAAGAAUGCAGUUGUCAGAAUAUAAAUCAAAUAAAAGGACAUGUGAUAGAUGACCUACGAA